GGCCCAAUGGAGAUGCGCUGUACAGGGAACUCUGGCAUGCUUGUGCCGGACCUCUUGUUACCGUGCCUCGUGAACGAGAGCGAGUCUAUUACUUUCCUCAAGGUCAUAUGGAACAGCUAGAGGCAUCUACCAAUCAAGGACUUGACCAGCAUAUGCCCUUGUUCAAUCUACCAUCAAAGAUCCUUUGCAGGGUGGUCCAUGUUCAACUUCGAGCUGAACCAGACACUGAUGAAGUUUACGCACAGAUUACUCUGCUACCUGAACCAAAUCAAAGUGAGGUCACAAGCCCAGAUCUGCCGCUACCUGAGCUGGAAAGGUGCACAGUCCAUUCCUUUUGUAAGACACUAACUGCUUCAGAUACAAGCACACAUGGAGGGUUCUCUGUUCUAAGGAGGCAUGCAGAUGAAUGCCUGCCUCCUCUGGAUAUGUCCCAACAUCCACCUUGGCAAGAAUUGGUUGCCAAAGAUCUGCAUGGGAAUGAAUGGCAUUUCCGUCACAUUUUUCGAGGGCAACCUAGGCGGCACCUGCUUACUACUGGAUGGAGUGUUUUUGUCAGCUCAAAGAGAUUGAUAGCCGGUGAUGCAUUUAUCUUUUUAAGAGGAGAGAAUGGUGAGUUGCGGGUUGGAGUAAGGAGGCUUAUGAGACAACUCAAUAACAUGCCGUCAUCUGUCAUUUCCAGUCACAGCAUGCAUCUUGGAGUUCUGGCUACUGCCUCUCAUGCUAUAUCUACGGGGACCCUUUUUUCUGUCUUUUAUAAGCCAAGAACAAGUAGAUCUGAGUUUAUCAUCAGUGUCAACAAGUACCUUGAAGCUAAGAAUCAUAAAUUGUCUGUUGGGAUGAGGUUCAAGAUGAGAUUCGAGGGUGAUGAAGCUCCUGAAAGAAGGUUUAGUGGUACUAUAAUUGGUGUGGGGGACACAACACCAUCUAGGUGGGCAGAUUCAGAAUGGAGAUCUUUGAAGGUCCAAUGGGAUGAACCUUCAUCUAUUCCACGCCCAGAUAGAGUCUCACCGUGGGAAUUAGAGCCACUUGUUGCAGCUACUACUCCAACAUCUCAACCAGCACAGAGACAUAAACGUGCACGGCCAUUAGCUUCAACUACUAUUGCACCCGACAUUUCUUCAAUGUUUGGUUUGUGGAAAUCCCCAGUUGAGUCUACCCAAACUUUCUCAUUUUCAGGGUUACAACGAGGACGAGAACUUUAUCCAUCAUCCAGCCUGUUCUCAUCAACGUCAAAAACUGGGUCCAUUGUUUUUAAUGGAAACAUGGGGCCGUCAGCAGUUACCUGCAGGUCUGAAUACUGGCCAGUUAGGGCAGAUACACAAACUGAGUCCUUCUCAGCAAGCAUCAAUAGGGAAACAUGUGAAAAGAAGCAGGAUACUGGCACUGGCUGCAGGUUAUUUGGGAUCCAAUUAAUAGAAGGUUCUGUGGUAGAGGAAACUUCACUGCCGGCAAAUAUUUCUGCCGGCAUUGGUGAGGAUCAGCCAGUAACAUCUGUGGAUGCAGAUUCUGAUCGGCAGUCUCAGCCAUCGACGAUCAACAGGUGUGAUGCCCCUGCAGUCAGUAGUGAGCCAGAGAAGUCAUGCCUCAGAUCACCUCAGGAGACUCAAAGUCGGCAACCGAGGAGCUGCACCAAGGUUCACAUGCAAGGUAUGGCAGUUGGGAGGGCAGUGGAUUUAACGAGAUUAAAUUGUUAUGAUGAGCUUCUCCAAAAGCUGGAAGAGAUGUUCAGCAUCCAGGGAGAGCUCACAGGUGCAGUCAAGAAAUGGCAGGUUGUCUAUACUGAUGAUGAAGAUGACAUGAUGCUGGUUGGCGAUGACCCAUGGCACGAGUUUUGCAGCAUGGUGAGGAAAAUCUAUAUUUAUACACACGAGGAGGCGAAGAGGCUGUCAUCCAAGACAACAUUGCCAGUCAUCAAUGAGGCGACCAAGCCUGGAUCCCAUGAAUCUUCAUCUGAUUGUGAUACUCCAUGGAGCGGACCAGAAGACCAAGUUGUUGCUGAUAAGGAGUGCUGACCAUUUAGGAGAAUAUAAUUGCCGACGAAAAUUUUUUUUGGUUUUUUAGUUCAAGCCUUGGCCAUUAGCUUGCGGCCCGGCAUGGGCCCUGUUAUGUGCCAUGGCUGCUGUUGCCCUUGGUGCCUUGUGUCGUGUCUGGAAUGGCAACAGGGAAAAGAUUGGAUAGGAAUGGUGAGGUGGCUACCGUCCAUACUGUUUUGGCAGUAUCAUCUUUUUGUGGAGUCCAUUGCACGUGGAGGCUGGCAGGCUACUGGAGAAGAGAUGGUCUCUUGUCUGAUCUGUAUGGGGAAAGGGUGUCACAUUGGAAUAGGGAGUGUUGAAGUUUGCACUCUCUUCUUUCCUUAUUUCUUUAACCAGGAGUAAACAGGAUAUAUGUCUAUAUCUUUACACGCUACAGCAUUGCUGAAUGUGUUGUGUUGGUUUAUUUUGGGUGGCAGGAUUGUUGUUCACAUUUCUCCUUUGUUACAUCGUAUACUUAUUAUCUUUUGUUGGGAAGGAAAUUAUGUACAAAAUUGGGGUAUACUUUUGUGUUUUCUUUUGUUUGUUUUGCUGCUGUCCCAGUUAGUAUCAACCAUUUGGCAGUGGUGCUGUUACUCC